AUGGCGGCGGCGGCUGGGGGGGCCAGCUCGGCGGCGCUCCGCGUGACGCAGCGGCCGGGCAAAGCUGUCAUUGGCCACCGGGGCCCGCUGCUGCGACGUGGCAGCGUGCGAUUGGGCGAGGCCACGGCGGAGCCGCGGCGGUUCCGGUUCGCGGAGGCGGGGGGCGGGCGGCGGGAGGCGCUGACGCUGCGCGUCCCCGAGGUGCCCGACCGCCGCUACGGCCUCUACGUCUGGCCCUGCGCCGCCGUGCUGGCGCAGUUCGUCUGGUCCCGGCGGGGAGCGCUGCCCGGCCGCAGGGUGCUCGAGCUCGGAGCAGGCAUGAGCCUGCCCGGAAUGGUGGCCGCCAAGUGCGGGGCCGAGGUGCUGCUGUCGGACAGCGAAGAGCUGCCUCAGUGCCUGGAGAACUGCCGGCGGAGCUGCCUGAUGAACGACCUACCCCACGUACCCGUUAUAGGCAUCACCUGGGGGAGGAUGUCUCCGGAGCUGCUCUCUCUUCCUCCCGUAGAUAUUAUUUUAGGGUCUGAUGUCUUUUUUGACCCCAAAGAUUUUGAAGAUAUUUUAACCACGGUUUACUUCUUACUGGAAAAGAAUCCACAAGCCCAGUUCUGGACUACUUAUCAAGUCCGAAGUGCUGACUGGUCUAUCGAGGCUUUGCUCUACAAAUGGAAGCUGAAGAACACCCCCGUUCCGUUACAUUCCUUCAGUGCGGACAAAGAGCACCUGGCCGGCUCUUCUCUACCAGGCAGACAUACAAUUGAAAUGAUGAUCAUCUCACUAGCAAGAUCAGACGGUACUUAAGUUUAUUCCACUUGUUGGUUCCAAUACAAGGUGAUACUCAACUUUUACUUUAGCAUGGAUCUGCGGAGAACAGUCUGAUUUACAGCAAACCUCAUGCGUAUUUUUUGGGAAGCAGACCCCCUUAGCAGUACUUAAAACAUGCAUUGUAAAAAUAAAGCUGUUCAUUUGUUUAA